AUGGCCCCAAAACAAUCCAAUCUCACCGGCUUUGACCCUCAAAAGUUCGCCGCCGCUGCCGGUCAACCCAAGAACGACCCAUGGGCGCGAGCUGAGGCAUGGAGAUACACUGGCCCUUUCACAAGAUGGAAUCGCUUCAAGGGCUCAUUCCCCGGUCUCGGCAUUGCGACAGUAGCAUUUGCAGGCUACCUUGUAUACGAACAGAUGUUCCUCACUUCAUCACACGGCCACAGCGACGGGCAUGGGGAAGCUCACCAUUAGGAGAAGCAAUUAGUGGGGGAGAAACGGAAUAUGUACAGCGCAUGGCCGAGGCGUUUAUGGAGCAAUGACUAUGAUAUACCAGUCCAGGAAGAAGAGACGCGCUCAUAUUAGCCACGGGAGGAAGGAGAUGGGAGUGAUCGAUACUGGUUCUCUCAAGAGCUGCCAACCUGUCACGACAACCGCAAGACAAGGCGGGCCAGUGCGCGAAGAGAGCAUGCCGAAGAACCGACCUCCUACAGAGAUCUUGCUAAAGCUCAUCCCUCCCAUCCUCUCCC